UUAUUUAAUUGUCAGAAUUCAAAAUAUUAUGUCUACGAAAUAUGAAUGAGACACUCUACACUCGUAAUGAGAAUAUGAGAUGCUCGUGUUGGUACGGGGCAUGGGCUGGCAUUCAGUUGCAUAGUAGUUCCUCGUAUUGCUUAAUCCAUGAAAUUUUAGAGAAAUGUCCGCGAUAGUAACUUGUUUACGAUGAUAAAAUUAUCAAUAAUAUUAGUGGUCUAGCUGGUUGGUUUUUGUUCAACACUCUAACCUUAUUAUUCUUGUUUAAUAUGCAUCUUCCUGCCGGCGUCCGUUGUGUUUCGCUGAAUUAGUAUCGCUCCUUGCUAUUAGUUACAUUUAUCAAGUAAUUUACAUUUUUUAAAGACAAAACUAAAAGGACCAAUAGGAAAAAAAAUGGAUCAUAUUAUUCAGUAUAAUACAACAAUGAGUACUAAUCUUAGUGGAUCAGCUUUUGAUACUAUUUUAUAUAAUAUCAAAAUGGAAUAUGAAUCACUUUUUAAUGAUGAAUCAAGUGAUUUAGAAGAUUCUGGCAGUAUAGAUUAUAAGUUUUUUCAUAGUAUAGAUAAAAAACAACGAGAUGAAAUGUGUGAAUUUGCCUCUACGUCUUCUGAAAUGGAUGUCUAUGUUUCAGAAUCAAAUUUACUGGGACUUUCAGAUACAGAAUUAGUUGACGGUAAAAUUAUAAGUGCGUUUACAAGUUCUUCAUCAACUACAUUGCCCUCAACGCGAAAAUCACCAAAAUUAACACCAUAUACUUGCCUUGAACAUUGUUUUUUGUGUGAUGAUAUAUUUCGUAUACUUGACCGUCAUUUACAUAUUGGCCAGAUACGAAGUAUUGACAAGCAAAAUGAAUUUUUAAAAAUUGAGCCAUCCUUAUGCAUGGAUUCAUGCAUUUGUGAAUUUUGUUGGAGAUAUCUGGAAAAAACUUACAAAUCCAUUAGGAUUGAAAGAAUGAAGAAUGAAGAAACAUUUGAUGAAAAAAAGUAUAGAUUGUUAGAAAGAUGGACUGUGAAAAAAAAAGGAUCAAAAUAUAGAUCUCAGGCUAGGAGAUGUUCAAUAUAUUUCUGCUCUCAAACUUACUGUCAUAAAAUGGAUGUGAAUGAGUAUAAAAGUAUUGAAAAAAUGUUAUCAUUGUUUGAGCCUUGUCGUUUGGUUUUUGUUAAAUCCAAAAAACAAACUCCAGACUUCUUGAAAUUUCCCUUUUGUCUUUGUCAAGAUCAUAAGGCCAUGAUCAUGGUAAUGUCAUCAUGUCAAAUAUGUAGUUGCAUAUUAAAUGAACCAUUUAAUACUGCUGACUGGUCAAUGUAUGGAAUUUGGAAUUGGGUAUUGUUUGAAAAUAAUCUUCCUUUAACGCUGCAACGUGGUAUGUUCAUAUGUAUGACUUGCAGAGGACACAUUUCUAAGUCCAAUCCCAGUUUCCCGACUAAGGAUUUGCAAUUUUUAUGGGAAUAUAUCACUAUGAGCAAUACAAUUCGUUUAAAAUUAUAUGGAAAAUCACAGCAUAGUUUGUUCAAUUUAUGUCAAGGAUCAACGUAUGUGACAUCUCCCAUUAUUGUUCCUAAGAUUCAAGAAGAAAAAGAAUUUCUUUGUUCAUUAAAAGUUAAGUUUUCUGAUCCUUUGAUAACUGCAACUUAUCAUUAUGAAGUUGACUAUGAUGAACAUGAUACAGAAUCAAUAACAUGCACUGCAUUAUUAAAUGUAACUGAACAAAAUCCAGUUUUACCCAAAUUAGAACCACAAGAUGGUUAUCAUGAAGGACUUGAUUUUAUUUAUAAUAUCUAAUUAUCUGAAAAUGAAGAGAUUAAUCCAUAUCCAAGAAUUUUUGAUAAUAAAUCACUUCAAAAUCUAUUAAAAGUUGCCAAUGUAGAAAUAGCUAUAAACGAGAUCAGAGAUUUUUGAUACCAGUUAAGUUGUUAGUGGGUACAAUGAAAUAAAAAUAAUCAAAACUAUCUAAAUUCUUAUAGUAUAAUAUGUUAUGUUGCCCAAGAUAAAAACAUCAUAAGCCUAAAGGAAGUUAAUCUAUGUUUGAUAGAAAUAAGUA